AAAAGGCCACAGCGGCCGGACCUGCGCACAGAAAAACCGGCAGCCAAUCAGACACAGUUGUUAUUUCAGGAUAAAAUUCAUCCAGGAUGUUUCUGAGGACCCUGGCGCUCGUCUUUCUGACACUUCUCCUCUGCACAGGUGCUGAAGACAAAUCCAGGCUCCACAGGAGGCCCUCCUGUGUUGGGAUGAGCGUCACUCAGGCUUGUCCGCUGAAUUACUCUCCGGUGUGUGGCAGCGACGGCGUCUCUUACCCCAACGAAUGCUCGCUGUGCGUCCAGCGACUGGAGAAAAAUGCAGACAUUUUGAUUGUGAGAGACGGACCGUGCUGAGGAUGACGCCCUGAUGACGUCACACCCACGCGCAUCAUUAAUGAAUGUAGCUUUUAGCAUGUAGCAUUCAAAUAUGAACGCUGGUGAAUGCAGACAUAUUUAAUGAAAACUGCAUCAGAAAUUGUCUGUGUGUUUUCAUAUUUCUGUAAACCUUUUACAUUCAGCUUCUGAUCAAUAAAGAUCUUAUUUUCCUCUGAGUUAUGUUUCACUAAUUUCUACAAGAUAUUGUUUAUGUUUUUCUCAAUGUUUGAUGCUAUAAUGUCCAUCACUAAUAUUCAUACAAGAAGAUGUAUUUCUAGAAAAUGAAUGUAGCACACAGGAAUAAGCUUGUUAUUACAUGUUAAUUACACUUUGAGUCUGCUGCAUUGAAGCACAUUUUGUGUUUGCCUAACUUUCUGACCUGGAUCUUUAAGUCUUUAAACAAUUCGCCUUCUUCUUCGUCUUCUACUCCCUUUAUUUCGGGAGUAGAAGACGAAUUAAGAUUAGUCUGAAGCCAAUCUGAAGCCGUUUUAAAAACAAAAGUAGCAAUGAAAGGACAUCUCCCUUACAGAUAUAUUUUAGGCUGCAACAUUUCCUGUCUUCCCUAAGACGGUUGCUACUUUUUAAAAUGUUAUUUUUAAUUAAAUGCUUUCAUCAGAUAAGUUUAUUAUCUUUUUGAAUGUCUUCAGUAAUCUCUCCCUAUGGGUUUUAUCUGACUUAAUUCACUGAGAAACU